AUGUCCUUCCUCGGUGGCGCUGAGUGCUCAACGGCCGGAAAUCCGUUGACGCAGUUUACGAAGCAUGUUCAAGAUGACAAAUCCCUCCAACGGGACCGUCUCGUUGGGAGAGGUCCCGGAGGUAUGCAGGAGAGUAUGCGGUCUCACGGAAUGAUGGGCGGUCAAGAUCAGAUGAUGGACGAAUUCGCCCAACAACCCGGUCAGCUACCGGGCGCUCCCCCCCAGCCAUUUGCGAUGGAGCAGAUGCGUCGCGAAUUAGAGCAAUUCCAGACGACCCCUCCCCGCACAGGUUCCCCUGGCUGGGCCGCCGAGUUCGACGCCGGCGAACACGCCCGCAUGGAGGCCGCCUUUGCCGGUCCCCAAGGGCCGAUGAUGAAUAACGGUUCGGGUUUCACUCCGGCGGAGUUUGCACGGUUCCAACAGCAGAGCGGCAUGCCACAGACGUCGACCCCCGUCACCUCCAGCGCGUCGCCGAUGAUGGCGGGCUACCAACGGCCCAUGGGCAUGGGCAUGGGAUAUAUGGGCAUGGGAGGAAUGGGCAUGAUGCGCCCGACAUACGGUCCCAUGGGGAUGCAGCAGCCGGCCGAAGCGACCACCCAGGAUAAGGGCAAGGGUCGUAUGGUGGAGCUGGACGAUGAGAACUGGGAAGCACAGUUCGCCGAGAUGGAGACGGCGGAUCACCAGAAGGUCGACGAUGAGGCUAACGAAGCGAUUGAGCGGGAGCUGAACGAUCUGGACAGGUCAGUGCAUGAUGAGACCGCCGCCUUUGAGAGCGUGUGGCAGAGAGCCCAAGCUGAGACGUCCGCUGCAAACAGGAAACUGGUCGAGGACGAAACCGACUUUAACAUCGAGGAGAACCUACACAUGGGUGACAUGGGCGAGUGGGAUGGCUUUGAUUCGUUGAACACCCGCUUCCGAGACCCCCAACUGGGCGACUACAUGUUCGAAGAGGACAAUAUGUUCCGCUCUGUGAACAACCCCUUUGAAGAGGGUGUCAAGAUCAUGCGUGAGGGAGGAAAUCUCUCGCUGGCGGCUCUGGCGUUUGAGGCCGCUGUGCAGAAGGACCCUCAGCAUGUGCAAGCCUGGACUAUGCUUGGUUCGGCCCAGGCUCAGAACGAGAAGGAGUUGCCCGCCAUCCGGGCUCUGGAACAGGCUCUGAAGCUGGAUCCGAACAACCUUGAUGCUCUCAUGGGACUGGCCGUUUCCUACACGAACGAAGGCUAUGACUCGACUGCUUACCGCACCCUCGAGCGUUGGCUCUCCGUCAAGUACCCUCAGAUCAUCAACCCGAAGGAUCUGUCCUCAGACGCGGACCUUGGAUUCACGGAUCGUCAAUUGCUGCAUGAACGGGUGACGGAGCUGUUCAUUCAGGCGGCGCAGCUCUCACCCUCCGGAGAGCAGAUGGACCCGGAUGUCCAGGUGGGUCUCGGUGUUCUCUUCUACUGCGCUGAGGAGUACGAUAAGGCCGUCGACUGCUUCUCCGCCGCGCUGGCCUCCACCGAAUCGGGCACGGUGAACCAACAGGAGCAGCUCCAUCUGCUGUGGAACCGCCUGGGCGCUACGCUGGCCAACUCCGGCCGCUCCGAAGAAGCCAUCGAAGCCUACGAACAGGCACUCAACAUCAACCCCAACUUCGUCCGCGCCAGGUACAAUCUGGGAGUGUCGUGUAUCAACAUUGGCUGCUACCCUGAGGCCGCGCAGCACCUUCUGGGCGCUCUGUCGAUGCACCGCGUGGUGGAGCAGGAAGGCCGUGAGCGCGCUCGGGAAAUUGUCGGUGAUGGUGAUGGGGGCAUUGAUGAUGAGCAGUUGGAGCGGAUGCUCCAUAUCAGCCAGAACCAGAGCACCAACCUGUACGACACGCUGCGACGCGUAUUCAGCCAGAUGGGACGUCGGGAUCUGGCCGAUAUGGUGGUGGCUGGAAUGGACGUGAACGUGUUCCGGAAGGAAUUCGAAUUCUAA